UGGGCUUCUCCUUGGGUGGCUCUAGUUCCUGUUACGUCACGAGUUGGGCGGAAGCGGAAGUGAGAAGCGUUUCGUAUACACGAAAACACGGAAAAGAUGGACCCGGCUGUGAGUGAGGACGUCGCCUCACCUCGGAUGGUUGCUUCUGAUAUUUCCCAAGAUGCUGUUCCCACUACAGCAGAAGAAGUGGCUGCACAGAAGAGAGAGGAGCGGCUCAGGAAAUUCAGAGAGCUUCAUUUGAAAAGGAAUGAAGCCCGCAAAUUAAAUCACCAAGAAGUUGUGGAGGAAGAUAAAAGGCUGAAACUGCCAGCAAAUUGGGAAGCAAAAAAGGCUCGUUUAGAAUGGGAACUGAAGGUGGAGGAAAAGAAAAAGGAGUGUGUUGCAAAAGGAGAAGACUACGAAAGAGUGAAGCUGUUGGAAAUCAGCGCAGAGGACGCUGAACGAUUUGAGAGGAAGAGGAAGAAGAAAAACCCUGAUCUUGGAUUUUCAGAUUAUGCAGCUGCUCAGUUACGGCAAUACCAGAGGUUGACCAGGCAGAUCAAACCUGACCUGGAGAAGUAUGAAAAGUUAAGAGAAGACAGUGGUGAAGACUUCUAUCCAACGUCAGAUAGCCUUCUACAUGGAACUCACGUUCCGGGUAAAGAAGGAAUUGAUAGAAUGGUUUCAGAUCUUGAAAAACAAAUCCAAAAACGUGAGAAGUACAGCCGGAGACGUUCUUACAAUGACGACGCAGAUAUUGACUAUAUUAAUGAGAGGAAUGCCAAAUUCAAUAAAAAGGCUGAAAGGUUCUAUGGAAAAUACACUGCAGAGAUUAAACAGAACUUGGAAAGAGGAACAGCCGUCUAGGUUGGGAGGCUCAGAAGGCAUGUACAGCUAUAUAGCUUGACUUCACAAGAAGCCCCAAGGAUAAAAACUUGUUUUGCAGAAAGGAUCUUAAACUGUACACCAAGCUGAUGUGCAAAUGUAGAAAUUGAGAUCCUUAGGCGACUUUAUCAAAAACUUGUUCAAUAAACCUUAUUCUAUGUAUACUUAUUCCUGUGUUGUAGUACAGGCAAAGUAGCUAUUUGCUAUAAACCCAGUCUCUGCAAUGUUCUCAUGAGGAUAUAUAUCUUCAGUUAGCUAUAUUGAUUUUUAUAUGAGGUUGCUAUGGAAAUGGUUAAUGCCUUUGUGUAUAGUAAAAGAUGCAUUAUUAAAAGAUCUGGUGUA